AUGUACGCGUUUGAUUUGUUAACAGGUGGUUGGGCUGACUUGCUCGGCUUUGAAAUUGCUUCUGACUCUGGGAUUUCUAAAUUCAGCAAUGUGUCCAGGUCACUAACGACUGCGAUGUCAGUUCUUGUCUGUGAAAUUACAGUGACUUGGUCUACCGAUGCGGAGUCACUUGUUUCCAUUUCAACUAGCUCGACUUGUGAUUAUGAAUUUUCAAGUUCCAGUGGUUCAUCAUGGUCCGCGUAUUGCCAGUGGAUAUCUAAUCAUAAUUUUGAGAUUUCUAUUGACUCUUUCAACUCGGUUAGAUUGAGGGUGAACUCUUCAACGAGUUUAUUGCAAAAUUCAGUCCCGUUGUCUGAGAUAAUGACUCGAGCGGUUCCCCAAGUGGUAAAUACUCUACGUAAAAAAUCAACAACUCCCUUCCCAGUCGGUGUAUUAACUGCCUCAGCUUCGAGGUAUCUAGUAUAA